GGUAGAGGUAGACCCUAGGUCUUUUACAAAAUGGCCGGUUAUGGUUCCAGAAAUGAUGGAUAUUCUGACCGCGGUGGCGGUUAUGGAAGCCGACAGGAAAGUAAACCUUUCCCGACGGAGCCUCCGUAUACAGCAUUCGUUGGCAACCUUCCGCAAGGCAUCGUACAGGGUGAUCUUGAUCAGAUCUUCCAUGGAUUAAAUGUGCACAGUGUUCGGUUAGUUCGUGACAGAGAGACCGACCAAUUUAAAGGAUUUUGCUACGUGGAGUUCGAUGACCCUGAAUCCCUCCGGGAAGCACUUACUUACGAUUCAGCGCUGUUUGAGGAGAAAAACAUUCGAGUGGACAUUGCCGGUGGCCGCCAGAAGCGAGAUGGCGGGUUCGAUCGCGGCGGGCGCGGAGGACGCGGCGGGGACAGAGGCGGCCGAGGAGGAGGAUACAGUGACCGCGGUAGUGACCGCGGUGGUGGUAACCGUGGCUACCGGGAUGAUGGGCCGCCUCGGGACCGUUAUGACGGAGGGAUGCGCGGCGGCGGUGGCCGCGGAGGCGGAGGCGGAGGCUACGAUAGGGGCGGGGGGCGCGGCGGCGGCGGCGGCGGCUACGAACGGGGAGGAUGGAAUAGCCGGGAUGAUCGAGGCGGAUACAGCGCCAGGCCGCCGCCUUCGUACGACGAACCGAGGGAGGCGACAGCAGAGGAGCUGGAAAAUCGCCCCAAGCUGAAGCUCGCGCCGCGCUCGGUGAAGGAGCCCGUCAACGCGCCGGCGGCGGGGCGUAACGCCAGCAUAUUUGGCAGUGCAAAGCCUAGGGACGAGCGAGCGUAUGAGGAGAGGAAGCGGCGGGAGAGCGAGGGCAGUGGCGGCAAGGGCGAGGGCGAGGCCGGCCACUGAAUCGAACACGUGGCAUAGCGCUGGGUGUCAGUCAGCAUGACGUCGAUUUGCUCGCUGCUAGCCGAAUCUGGUUUAGGAUGUUUGGAGAAUCAUUGCAAGAUUUAGUGAUUUUUUUGUCAUAAUGUUGCUUGUCGUAUGAGCUGUGCAGGACAGUCUCCAACACAUUUACCUACAGACAAGCACUCGUAACUACAAGGAUGGUGGCAUUUCCUCUGGCUUAUUUUGUAUAGCACAUUUUCACUUCUGAUCACUUGUGAUUUAAGGGCACAUUUCAAUCGCCUAUUCACCGAUUCCUCGUAUAAACUCGUCGUCGAAAGUUCUGAUGACAGAUCAAUUUUUAAACAAAUUUUAGAAACUAAAAUGUGCUAUUGCAAUUGUGCUGUGCAGAGGAGAAGUUACAAGUUGUCGACCACCGUUAUGUAUUUUACAGGUUUGCUGUAAUUGUAGCAGUGCGCGUGCACGAUGUGCCAUGUCUUGUCAAAAAAUUGCUGCCUUGGCACCACUAUUAAACAGCAUGUAGUAUGCCCCUCCAUCUGAAAACGAUGCAGCUGCUUUGCAGUCCCUGGGCCAAACAUACGCUACCUUCUGUACUUCUUCUUGGUCUACGCGGGGAGCCGCCUACUGUCGACAGUGUGUAGUUCAGUGUUGCGCGCGCAACACCGGGCUUAUUCUGUUGGUAGUGUUGAAGGGUGUUAAUUAGUUGUGAAUGUUUAACACAGGCCCGGUGUGAUGUAUUUUUUGGCAGUGUGUGUACAAUGGUGUUACUUAGGCUUGGAUGUGUUUGUUAAAGUCACCAUAUGGUGUAAAGCUGUCAGCAGUAUAUGUUAAAGGCGGUUUUACGUAGGCUUGAGCGCAUUUAACAGUGGCAACCACAUGGUGUAUUCUCUCGUAGUGUGUAAGACUUGUGUUACUUAGGCGUGAGUGUUUAAUACAGGCGCCACCUGGUGCAUUUUGACAGCAGUGUGUUAGUCUCUCGUAGGCUUGAACACGUUUGACGGCAGCAGCACCUGGUAUAUUCUAUUGGCAGUGUGCCGACGUCACUUUUGCUUGAAUGUCUUUUGCAGGUGUGACUUGGUUUAUUGUGUCACAGUAGUCACCUGUUGUAUUCUGUGUUUAACACUAAGUUAACUGGUGCAUGCUGUGCUCAACACAGUAAAUGACCUGGUGUAUUCUGUGUUUAAUACAGUAGUCUACUGGUGUAUUCUGCAUUUAACAGGGUAUUUGACUGGUGUAUUCUGUGUUUAACACAGUUAGUCACCUGUUGCAUUCUCUGUUUAAUACAGGCCACAGAAUGUUGUUCAUAAAACCGCUUCAUCAUAACUGAUAUCGCACACAUGUAGUACAUGUGCAGAAUUAUUUUUAAUUUAAUUCAUCUCUCCCUCUUGAUCUAUAAACGAUAAACUUCGGACGUCCAUGUUACAAGGGCAGAAGAUGUGCUCUGUUUAGUGUGAGGAUGGAGGGGCUAGCAGGGCACACAUGCCUGGCACUAAGUUCUACAUCUUGUUUGAUAUCCCCACCUUUGGGAGGGGAAGCAUUGCCGACUUUUCAUGGAAGUUUUGUAUAUUGCUGUACAAUGCCCAUUAAAAGCUCUCGGUAUAUAUUUUA